AUGAACUCGACGACAGGAAUGUUAUCUCCAAAUUCAAAAUAUAAAAACGAAACUGAAGUUGCUAAUAUGCCAUUCAGUAAUGAAUUAUUGCAGAAAACUAAGAUAUUUAUGGAGAAUUAUAUUAGAGAGUUUGGUGAAUUUUGGGGUUGCAAUAUAGCUCGAUAUCCAUACAAAUUUGUGAUACUUCCAACUUGUUCGUUUUGCAUAUUUUUCAUACCAUUUCUAAAUUCAUUUCGACAACUUUUUCAAGAAUCAAGCGCAAUUGGUUCUAGUGAACUUUUUAUGCCUCGAAACUCCGCCACUGAACAAGAUAGAAUAAGAAUAGAAAAAAUAUUUCCGCAUGGAAUAUAUUUUCAUGAUCGAACAUUUCUCUCACCAAAUUUACGCAUUAUAAACUUUGAAAUACUCUCUGGUUCAAUUUAUGAGCCUAAGUUUGUAGAAUUUUAUCAGAAUCUUCGAAACACUUUGGAACUUUUGAAUGUUAAAUCAGAGGAUGACACAAUAAGUUACUCCAAACUUUGUUCAAAAGCUGUACGAGACGGAGUUCACUGCUUGCCUGAUGUAUUCCUUCUCUCUUACACCUUCUUUACAUUAUUUCAACCUGCCAAAUACCCUGUUUGGAAUAUUGCUAUCUUCAACACAUCCACAAGCAUUCUCACAGCAAUGAUAUUCGGUGGAGUACAGAACGAUAGCAGUAGUCAUCUGGAGAGGAUUAUUUCUUCUGCCCGAUGUGUUCGAAUGAUAUUCAAUUUCCCACCGCCUUAUCGAAUAAAUGAAUUUAACAAAGUUUGGGAUAAUUAUGUGCAGCACAGCAUCAAACAACAACCUUCGAAUAUCCGAAUCACUCAUUGGAGUUAUAGUCAAUGUGAGAGAGAUAUGAAAGAGAUUGCAGUACGCUCCAGAAGGUUACUUCCAUUAUUAACAAUCUGCUUGAUUUCUUUUUGCUGUCUAAGUUCCAGAAAAUGUGCUUGUGAUUUGAAGUUUGCAAUUUUAUCAAUUUAUGGCAUUCUAUCAGCAGCUUGUGGAAUAGUGACAGCUUUUGGAUUCUUACACGUUAUCGGGAUUCGUUUAGUGCAAAUAGCCCUCAUCACACCGUUUUUGGUACUUUCAAUUGGUAUUGAUGAUAUGUUCAUAAUGCUAGCUGUUUUCGAAGAAACAGUUACAAACGCAUCAAAGGGUCAAGCCAAGUGUUGUUACCUAAUGACCAGAACUUUUCGGGAAAGUAUGGUAUCAAUACUACUCACAACUAUUAGUAACGUACUGGUCUUCACUUUUGGCUCAUUUUCACCUUUUCCAAUCAUUCAGAUAUUUUGCAUUUAUAGCGCUGUUUCUUUAGCUGUUGUUUUCAUAUUUCAAAUUACUUUAUACGGUUCGUUAUUAGCUUUAAAAGCUGAAAAUAUUUUAACACAAAGAAAUUUUGCAAUUGCUUCUAGUCAACGAAGUUGUGCAGAAUCCAAUAAAGAAUCUCAGCAGUCAUCUGCAAAAUCAGAAUAUUCGCAAAGAUCAUUUUUGUCAGUUUAUGCAACAGUAUUUAAAAACAAAUACUUUAUUACACUGAUUUCCACGAGUUAUAUCAUCUAUUUAACUGGUUCUAUCAUUAUUUUGAACAAAAAAAUUGAUAUUGGCUUGCAGCUUUCUUCGCUUCUGUUGGAUGAUACUAACACAUACAAAUAUUUGACAAUGUAUGAAAAAUACUUCUCAGAAUAUCAUCCACCACUGGAAAUAGUUUUGCCUGAUAAAGUUGACUAUUUUGACGUAAAAGUUCAACGACGUGUGCUGCGUGCAGUUGAAUUUCUUGAAAAUACAAGCUACACAAUGACUGCAUCGUUUUGGCUACCAGUGUUUCUCGAUUUCUUGCAGAAAAACGGAAACAAAAUGAAUACUGAAGUGUUUCGGGAAGAUUCUGAUUCAUUUGAAAAGAACAUAACUAAUUUUCUUCAAAAUCCAGCACACAAACAUUUUUCAAAUGAUAUAAUUUUGGAGCGAAGCAAUAGCAGUCGUGUAUCAGUCAAGUCUAGCAGACUACAUAUUCCCCUCUGCCACAUUACUCGUACUAGCAGAAGCGAUGCGAUGCAUUUGCUAAGAAAUAAAGUAAAAUUUAUCAAGCGACGUUACUCUAUUCGAUUACUUAUCUAUCACGCGUUAUUUGAAUUUGCUGAACAAGACGACCUUAUGGUGUAUAUCACUUUUUCUAAUGCUAUUUUAGCAGGUGCUACCUCACUUGGAGCAGUCCUGGUACUGAUCCCUUCCUUUAUUAGUUGUCUAUUGAUGACUUGGGCAAUAAUUAGCAUAAACCUUGGAGUGCUUUCUUUGUUAGCAGUGUGUGGAACUAAUCUCGAUAUUAUAUCUGCAACUGUCAUGCUUCUGAGCAUUGGCCAUACCUUAAGCAUUGUUUCUUGGCCAAUUAUUCAAGCCUCGUUAUCAACAAUGAUUGGCGUGUUCUGUUUAAUACCUGUCAAUGGAUAUAUUGUGAAGACAUUCAUUCUCGGCGUACUAUUCGUUUGCUGGAUAGGAUUGUAUCACAGUAUUGUGUUACUGCCAGCACUUUUCGCCUUCUGUACUGUUAGACUAAAGUUAUUCACUUUGCACAGACAAGAAUAUAUUGUCGAGAUAUGUGGUGGUAUUUUAGUAUACUUAAUUAUAUGGGAACAACUUGUAACUAUACAAGUAAUAGCGCAACGAUAAUC